AUGGGAAAAGAAAAAUUUGUUACUGUUGUAUGUGAAAAAACUUGUUCACCCGAUUGGCAUGAACAAUGUGAUAUGCGGAUCGUUGAUGAUGCAAUAAUAAAAUUAACUAUAUAUCAUAAAAAUAAAAAUUCUUUAUCGAAAGGAGAUUUUAUUGGUCGUGCUUAUAUUUCUCUACGUGAUUUAGAUGAUUAUGAUCAUGUUCAUACAAAGUGGCAUAAAUUAACUGAUAAGGAUGGAAAACUUGAUAAAGAUCGUGGAGAAAUAGAAGUAUCAUUACAAUUCUAUUCACAGAAUAAUACAACUGGAAGUGUAUUGGAUUUAGCAACGAAAAAAAAACAUUCAUCACUUAGAGACAUUAGACAUGCGUUAAGUGAAAAAUUAAAAACACCAUCAAAACAUCGAAAACAUGACCAACACGGGAAUGAAACUCAGUUAGCUGAUCAGCAUCGUCGUCUAGGUGGUGACGAUGGUAGUGUGAAUAAUGUACGCCGUCCUGAUGAUUCUACAUCUGACUCAACAUCAUUUAUUGGUUCAUAUACAUCCUUGAAUAGUCUGCCAUACAAUGAUGCCAAACAACAAAGAAAGGUAUUAAAACGAAACCGUAUUUUUAAACAGAAAUCACGUGCUCCGAGUAGUGGUAUUGGCUCAACAUUGGGCAGUGGAACACCACAUUCAUCACGUCGUUCAAUAACAUCUGAUUACGAAAUAUCAUCAAUACUUGAUUCAGCAUCGAUGUAUGGUGGUGAGGAAACUUCAAUAUCAUCACCACCUAUUCGUUCUCAAAUUCAAAACCAACAACAAGAAGAAGAAAUUUUCGUUGAUCAUCAUUUACUAUCAUCAAAUUCUUCAAAUCAAAAGACGACCAAAGAAUCAUUAUCAUCAAUAAAUGUGCCAACAAUCAUCACAAAAAAAUCUUCAAACUCACCUUCAUUACCAAUAUCAACAGAUAAUAAUCGAAAUAUUUCAGUCACAAGUGAUGAUAUUGAAGCAGCAUUUGAUUCUAUUGAUGAUAAUAAAACUUCAAUAAAUAAAUCAAGAGAUUAUGAAAUAAAAUCAAUACCUGAUUCAUUUUUUGGUUUAUCAACAAUAAAAGAAAAUCUUGAUACAGAUGAAAAUAUUCUCAGUUCAACUUCAUCAAAAUAUCCAACUGAUGAAGAUAUCGAUUUUGGUAAUUAUUUUAGUCAAAUUAAUCAACCAAAUGAAGAUAAAAAAACUAAAAAAUCCACUUUGCAUAUUCUACAAUCAAAAUCAACUCGUCAUUCGAAAGAACAACAACAUUCUAUAAAUUCACAAUCUGAUGAUAUUCAAACACCAUGUGCAUCUAUCUCUGUAAAACUAAAUACUACUUCAAGUUCUUCGAUUACUCUUCCUGCAAAAAGCCAAUUGAAUGAUAUAAAUGAUUCGACCGAUGAAGAUGUCGAUGAAGUUUUAGGAAAAUUCGAGACUGAUAAUAAAUUGCCUAGUGGAUAUGAUCAGACACCACCAAAUCGAAAUACGAAAACAACGUUACCAGAUAUUGUUGGCGAACCAUCAGUGAAAAAUUCAUCUCAAUAUGCGACUCCUGGAUCUAAAAAAAUUGUUAAUAACGGGCUUUGUGUACUUGGUUAUGAAAAUGUGAAAAGUAUUCCAAUUAAUCCGAAAAUUCGUCAAGAACUUGAUUAUCUUGAUCGUGAAGAACUUCUUCAUGUAAUUGCUUAUCAAUCAGAUUUUAUAAAAAAACGCGAGACACGUUUAAAAGAUCUUGAACAUUAUACUGAUGGUUUACUUGUUAAAAUUGUUGAACAAUGUCCAACUAUACUUCAAGUAGGAGGUUCUUUAAAGAGAUAA